UGUGAGGAACCUUUCAAGCCGUAAAACUUGUAACAGAGGAAAUCAACAGGUAGUUGUCGCGCAGUGCGCAGUCUCGGGACAAUUAACUUUUCAAUAAACCCCUGGAGACGAUAGCGUCUGUAGGUCAGUGUAGACACGGCCGUGUCCUGCAACUUUAAAAACUCAAGGCUUUGAGGAACACAGCGGACAAGACGUUCGGUGUAUGACUUCCGUUGACGUUAGGUGAGGAACAGGUGUCCGACCUACAGACACCUGCAAGAGUGGCCUGGCCUACGUACUGGUCACCCCGGAAGUACCGUGACCGAUGGAUACCGACUGCAAGACCGUCCACUGUUGGACUAGGGCGCGAUGAGACAGAGGACGACAUUAUUGAGCAGGAAUCGUACUAAAAAAGUUCCAGUAGUUUUCCGGUUUCACCAUGACCAGUUACGAGUCGUACGACUACCCCACGUCCGCCGACGGGAUCUUGGGACGACUGCGACCAAGAACGGCGACAAGUUCCCGAGCUAGCAGCGCGCUUUCACACAAACAGGAGAGGGACAGUACUAAAGCCAUUACAGCAGUUGGUGUUGCAAACAGAAUAAAGUCUGCAUCGCACUUGAAAACACGACGAGCAAGGUCGCCAACAGAUUCUGGGUGCUCAAGUUCACGACAAACGACCUCACCAACAUCACCUGGAGCGUCAAAGUCAAGGCCAAGUACAGGGGUCAGAAGUCAGGUUCAGUACUGGAACAAAGGUCACAGGUGGCAGACUACAGCAUGGGACAACUUUACUUCACCAAAUAAGGAAACCAGUACUAGUACUACUAGAAAGUCUGCGGAGGAGAAGAGGAGAGUUCAAAGGGUUAAGGGUAAGAGGUCAUCACCGAAGAGGAGGGUGGUGCCAUCCCCCAGGGUGUCCAGUCCUACACACAGCCAUGGGUCCCCACCCAGGGGCAUCCUCAGGAGGUCCAGCUCCGGCAGGUCAUCGGGGAGGGGCAGCAGGCUGUCGAUGAGAACACCUGAAGAUGAAAAGGAAGAAGACAAGGAAGAGGACAAACAGGAAGAUGAGGAAGUCCCAGUCCCAGUGGUCCAUGAUGAGGAUGGGAGUGACACAGACUGGGUGGUACCCAGGAGGAGUCCCUCCCCCACACGCCCCUCCACCUCACACACACACCACACCUUCUCCGACAUCUUAGACAUCACUGCGUCUGAUGAGGAGUAUGACACCGACUUGGAGGAAGACUUUCCCCCACCUCCAGAGAAGCCAUAUGACCCCACAGGAAUGCACCGGUAUAAGGAGCAGUGUAAAAAUGAUGGUGUUGUCCCAGCCACAUACCUGAUGAAGCACCUGGGAGAUGAACACCUGGUGAUGAGACAUCACUACCUGGGGGAGAGGGGAUGGAGACCACUCGCCAUGGCACUCAGGAAAAAUGUCUGUGUGAGACACCUGGAUCUGGUGGACAACCAUCUGGGUGUAGAGGGUGCUGUAGCCAUAGCCAGCGCUGUGAAGGACAGCCCCUAUAUAUCUGAAAUGAAUCUAUCAGAGAACUUUCUGGGCCAUGGUGGCAGUGCCAUCGCCAGUAUGUUAGAGACCAAUUCUGACUUGAAGACUUUAAUAUUGAGAGCUAACCAAUUGGGCGACCACGAAGCCAAGACUUUUGCAGAAGCCCUGAAGAGAAACAUCACCAUGACGACCCUGGACCUGAGUCAGAACCAGUUUGGAGAAUUAGGAGGCAUUUUCCUGGGGGCUGGCAUUGGUGCAAAUGAAGGCUUGAACUGUCUCAACCUGAGCUGGAACCAUCUAAGAUUGAAGGGAGGCGUGGCCAUUGCCAUGGGGAUCAAGGUGAAUCAGAGUCUUGAAGUCCUGGACCUGUCGUGGAACGGCCUGGGUGACCUGGGAGCCACUGCCUUUGGGAAGGCACUCAGGUUCAACAAGACUCUCAGGAUGCUGGACCUCAGUAACAACAGGAUCACAGUGGAGGGAGCCAAGAAACUCAGCCUGGGGCUGGCCAAGAACGAGGGGCUGGAGACUCUCAUGUUGGGAACCAAUGCCAUAGGUGAUGAGGGAGUUAAAGCCUUACUGAAGGUACUUGAGAAGAAGAAUACAACCCUGAAGGUCCUGGGACUACAGGACAUUACAGUGACGAAGGAAGUGUACAAGUCCAUCAGGGAGCUGGAGGACAUAAGAGGCAUCCAGAUCAUACAUGCGGGGCUCGGGGGGUACGAGAAGAUCAAAUAUGUGCCGCCACCGAGUGCCAUGUCCAUCCUGGACACGUUUGUCCAGGAGAACAGGAUGAGGAUGAUUGACAUGUUCCGACAGUUUGACAAGGACCAGAGCGGGGACAUCACCGCAGAGGAGUUCAAGGCAGGGCUGAAGGAGCUGGGGUUAGCAGUGGAUGAGGACCAGUUGGAUGAGAUGAUCACGCAGCUAGACACUGACAAGAAUGGCAGGAUAGACUACCAGGAGCUGAUGACAGGAAGAGUCAUCUUCCGCACGGAGCAGAGGUACAAGGCCAGGAAAGCUGCUGUGGCUGAGAAGUUGGAGAAGGAACGAGAACGGCACCAGCUACAGCUGCCUACACCGGAGUUUAGGGGUCUCUCAUUGUAGCCUCACUCAGUUGCUAUGCUGGAACUAUGGGGCUUCUGUUGCCCCACACAGUUGCUACAGUCAAGCUAUGGAGUCUCUUUUCUGUAACCUCACUCAGCUGCCCACACUGGAGCUGAGGGGUCUCUCCCUGUAACCUCACUCAGCUGCCUACACCGGAGUUUAGGGGUCUCUCCCUGUAACCUCACUCAGCUGCUUACACCGGAGUUUAGGGGUCUCUCCCUGUAACCUCACUCAGCUACCUACACCGGAGCUGAAGGGUCUCUCUCUCUAACCUCACUCAGCUGCCUACACCGGAGCUAAGGGGUCUCUCCCUGUAACCUCACUCAGCUGCCUACACCGGAGCUAUGUGGUCUCUCUCUGUAACCUCACUCAGCUGGCUACACUGUAGCUAUGGGGCCUCUCCCUGUAACCUCACUCAACAGCAAUGCUGAAGCUAUGGGGUCUCUCUCUGUAGCCCCACACAGUUGCUACAGUCGAGCUAUGGGGUCUCUUCCCUGUAACCUCACUCAGCUUCCUUUUCUGUAGCUAUAGGGUCUCUCCCUGUAACCUCAUUUAGCUACCUACACUGGAGCUAUGAGCCCUGUCUGUAACCUUACUACUAGUAAUAAAUGCAAUACUACAACAUGUAAAUGUCUGACAGAUUAAUGUCAUUAUAAGCAAGAAAAGCCACUGAGAGUUUUGAAAGCCAAAUGGUCAGAUAUGACUCAUAAGACUAUUAACUGCUAUAAUUAUUGUGUGUUGUUUUCAUAAAGAUCUGAUUGAAAUCAAUGAGAAUAUUGUACAGUUGCAUUUACAUAUUUACAAGAGAUUUUUGCACUUACAUGUGUUUUUGUGCUGCACAGGAAUAAGCCAUCAUGUAUAGGGUCUAUUACAAUUGCACUCCCUUACUCUUUUGUAAUAAACAGACAUUGACAAGAGAUUGACAAUGCCCUGCCAUUUGAGAGACAAGAGAUUAGAUGAAGAAAUAAAAUUAUUGUUUACUUUUGGCAAAAAAAUGCAUCAUUUGGAGUAAGAAAGCUUGCUGUGAAAAGCCAGCUUCAAUUGUUCAUGCUCUAAUUUAUAUGUUAUAUGGUUGCUUCGAUUUGCAGUGAAUCAGAAGAAAUGUAAUGUGCACUCUACAGUCCUUAAUUCUGUAGAUAUUGGAGCAAAGUCCACAAUAUCUUUCCUAUCAAGCGUUGAUGCUAUAUUGUGAUUGAAAUCUAGACUGUCAUAUUUUAAAACUAUGUUUUGUGUCCAUCAUCUAACAGUACAAAUGUAAUAAACUUUGUCAUCCUUCAA